AUGUUAUGCUGUCUGUGCUUAAAGGAGUCGGAAGAUGUCACAAAAAUCUUCGACAAUUGUGAAAAUUCAGAACCAAAUAUUGCCAAAAUUUUGGCAAAACAUUUUUGGUUUGAGCCCCUCAAGGAAGAUCCUGUAUUUUCGGCUAUAUGCAUGUUAUGUUGGAGGAAACUAUACGAUUUUCACGAAUUUUAUGAAAUGGUAGAGCAUGUUCAUCAGCGCUACAAGGAACCGGAAGUUAUUACUGUAAAAACCGAGUCUGGCGCUUUGGAAUUUUCCUCAAAUAAAGAUGAGCCAAUUGAAGAACUUGAAGAAUUCAUGAUGGAAGUGCCAUUUACUGGAGACAUGCAGCUAUUAAACAAAAUAUCGGAAGAUGUUUCCGAUACAAACUAUGAUAGUUCUGAUGACAGUGAUAAUUUCGACAUGUUCCCUAAUGAAUCUCAGCAUUCAGAUCCUUUCGACCAUGCAGACGUCAAUGAGGCUACCGACACCCCAUCUGAAGCGCAUUCGAAGGACUUGGAUUCAAAGACAGCACCAGAAUCAACUGAGAAUAUUUCAAAUACAAUUAGUAUUGAAGAACAAAUACCGGAAAAACGUAAAAGAGGUAGAAAACCUAAAAAUAAGGAUUCAACUGCUGCUUCGGAGGCAUGCGAAAACAAAAACAAAAAAUCAAAAACAAAAGCUAAAGGAAAGGCCAAUGACAAACCGGAAGAGGAAAGCGCUUACAAAAUAAAAAUGAAAUCGUUCGAUGAAGAAAUCGCCCAAUACAUGGGUCUGCACUGCGAUGUUUGUAACAUAGCUGUGGACAAUUUUGCUGGUAUCAAAAAUCACAUGAGAACGGUGCAUAACAUCGAAAAUGGUUAUGUGAAAUGUUGCGACAAAAUGUUUUACAAAAGAGCUAAUCUUUUACAUCAUAUACGGCAUCAUGUUGAUCCCAAUUGUUAUAGAUGUGACGAAUGUAAUCAAAUAUUUUCCGACUAUCAAUCUCUGAGAAAUCACAACUUCAUAAAACACCAAAGGGAGGAGGAUAAAAUAUACGCCUGCAAUGAAUGCCCCAAGAAAUUUGCCAAAAAAUAUCUUUUGGAACAGCAUAGGACAUUUAAGCACAAAGAUCGUUUCAAACAGUGUAAAACAUGCAAUAGAAGAUACAAAACACUGGAGGAGCUACAAGAACACAACAAGGAACCCUGUGCUGGCGGCAGGAUGUGUGAUAUUUGUGCCAAAGUCAUAUUUGGACCAAGUGCUUUUUUGCGACACCAAAUGGAGCAUAACGGCCAGGCCAAAGUCCAAUGCGAUCUAUGUGGUUCGUGGCAUAAGGAUAAAUAUGCCCUGAGAAAACAUAAACGACGGCAUAUGCAACCAAAAACACCUCAUGUUUGCGACAUAUGCAAUAAGGUAUCACCCAGUCGAGAUGCCAUGGAAAGCCAUAAAAAGUAUGCCCAUCGAACACCAGACAAGGCGUUCCAAUGUGAAUUCUGUAAGAAAUGUUUUAAGCGACCAAGAUCGUUGAAGGAGCAUUUAAGUACGCAUACCGGUGAAUUUCUAUACACUUGCCCGCACUGCCCAAAAACGUUUAACUCGAACGCAAAUAUGCAUUCGCAUCGGAAAAAUGUUCAUCCCAUCGAAUUUGAGGAGGCACGUAAACGAAGAAAACGUGUUGGAUAUUUAGGAGACCAAUUACCAGUAGUCGAACCACAAAAAGUGGUAACAAACAACACAAAUAAUGAUAGCGCAGACAAUAGUAAUAUUCUGGCGACGAAUGUAUCUCCCCCAACUAAAGAAAAUGACAUUACAAUUCUCUAA